UAUUUUCAUACACGGAUGGCUUUCCAUAGUUGUUCACUGUUAAAAAUGUCGGCUUUUUGCAAAACGUAAACAAACUUGACCAAACGAUGUCUUACUAACUUAAAGUGUCUGGUGAGAUAUGGCGGGCAUAAGACAGGCAGCGCGAAUUUCUGUCCAGGGCCUCUUAAGACACCAGCACACGGCGACGUCCGAAAACCUUGGAUCCGCCUCGAAAAAUGUACGACCGUUCGAUGACAUCCCCGGACCGAGUGGCAUAUACAGUGUACCUUAUCUUGGGACUGCUUUCCACUUCAAACCUUUUACUUCCAUUACUGUUUCCACGAUAUACAAGUUACUGCGGAAGUUUACUGAUGAAUACGGCGAUAUCAUGAAGUUCAGAGCAGGCAAGAACUGGUUGGUGGUCCUCUCGAAUCCGCUGUUUUCAGAACAGCUGCUGAGAGACGCGGACAAAUACCCUGCUCGACCCACUGUCGGAAUUUUGGACGCUUACUACAAAAGAAAGAAACUCUCUCCAGGAUUAUCAUCACUGCAAGGUGAACAAUGGGCCAAUCUUAGAAAACCUGCCAACAACCAAAUGAUGCGCCCGGCAGUGGUGUCGUCAUACAUACCUGCUCUGACACCCGUAGCAGACGACUUCAUCGCCAUCUGCAGAAAUUCCCAUAGAAUUGACGAUUGUUUAAAGACGAUGAUUAACUUUACAACCGAAAGUAUCGGAAUGCUGUGCUUUAACAGACGUUUGGGGUGUUUAACUGGAACAGCCAAUCUUGACUUUGUGGAAGACCUUGGCAUUUUCUUCCGCGGACUCGCCGAAUCAAACCACAACUCCCAGGCUUACAAAUACUUUCAAACACCCUUUUAUAAGAAAUUUGAAAAAUCUGCAGAUAACAUGUACAAAGUUGCAGCAAAAGAAAUGCACGACGCCUUGAACAAGAUGGAAGAACUCAAACGGGAAGGGAAGUUGGAGGAAUAUUUAAAGGAACCCAACUUCCUCUAUGCCUUGAUUUCUCACCCCGGAAUGACCCUGGCUAAAACCCAGAGUCUGAUCCUUGAUUUAUUUGUUGGAGGUAUUGACUCUACAUCAAAUGCACUGACAUUCUUAUGGCAUGAGUUAGCCACGCACCAAGAAUCACAAGAGCGUCUCUACCAGGAAAUUCGUCACGUGAUUGGCAACAAAAACCUGGAUGUAGAGGCUCUGACAAAUAUGCCAUAUCUAAAAGCGUGCGUCAAGGAAUCCUUGAGGAAAAAUUAUCCUCUAUCAAUCGGAAGUAUUAGACGGUUGAAGGAGGAUAUUGUAGUUGGCGGAUAUCGAAUCCCAAAAGGAACUGAUGUUCUUGUCCCUCUGAGGAACAUGUCCCAAGAUGAAAAGUACUUCAAGAAUGCAAACCAGUUCAUCCCCGAAAGAUUUCUAAGGGGAGAUAAGUCGAUCGAUGACGAGACGCGACACACGGAACCAUUCGUUUAUCUCCCCUUUGGGUUUGGACCGCGCAGCUGUAUCGGGCAGCGCUUCGCCGAGAAUGAGAUGUAUAUUAUCACAGCAAAGCUUUUCCAAGCUUUCCAAGUCUCACUGGCACCUGAAGUCCCAAAACAACUACAGUAUACGUACAGAAUAUUUGCCUGCCCAACAACCAAGGUCAUAUUUUUGUUGAAAGACAGACAGUAAUUAUCCAUUCUCCUCCGGAGUACGAUAUCAUAUUAACUAUAUAUAGCCACAGCCUACUGUAGCUUUAGAAAGAUACUCAAGAUACUUCGGGGAAAAAGACUUUUUGUCAUCCACUGUACUGGCCUUCAUAUAACUGACUUGUUUUAAUGUUGGAAUUAUGUUAUUUAAAGAUUUUUUCCCAUUUGGCAAUAUUGUGCAUUUUAUUGCACGACUUUUUAUACCAAAGACAUAAAAAAAAAUCAGACUGUGAAAAUAUUAUAUAACAGUAUUAGAAUAAACUGCAGUAUAAAUACAUGUAUUCCAAUACAUGUUUAUAAAAACAGCAGGUACAUAUACAUGUAUUGUACAAUAAUUCAGAAACAAAAGCAGUAAUAAAUGGUAACCAAUUUUUACAAAUCAAACAGAGAUUGCACCAUCAUCUGAAACUGCACUACAAACAUGAAUAUGUUGGUGUUUUAAUUUAGAUAGUUUGAGUUGUUUACUAUUUUAAAAGAAAGUAUUUCCAUAAUUUUCUCUUUCAAUUGACAAUGGAUUUUUUUUUAUAAUAUGUUGACAUUGUUUUAGUCCCAUUAAUACACAGAUGUACAUGUAUUGUCUGGUGCAAUUUUUUUUAUGAUAUUAGUAUCCAUAUUAACAACAAUAUAUUCAUCAUUACUGAUACAUCUGUGUCCUAAACUCUAAAUCAAAGUACUGAAGAACUGACGGGAGUUGAUUUUGUCGAUGUUUAUUUAUUUUAAAAUCAAUGAUAUGUUAUUUUGCAUGACAAGUACAUGUAUACGUAGUUUGUAAUUUGAAUUACGCAUAUUUUUAUAAUAUGAAUUUUUGAACUUUUUCGACUAGAAUGUCGAGAAACCUCCAUAUGAACCAUGUUAAAUAAUAUUUAAAGAUAAAAUUAAUUCAAUCAAACUAUGUAUCAGUGGUAGAAAUAUUUCUCGAAAAUUGUUUGGAUCCAAGCAAUAUUUAACUCUAGUCUCGUUCAACCAAACGCUCGGCUGACACCGACAAGGGUUUACGGAGACAGCCGGGCGUCGAGUUGAACGAGACUAUAUUGAACUCUGGUGUAGGAAUACAUACGACUACAAAAAUAUUUAAAUUGUUCGAACCAUUUAAAAUCUGACUAUUUUUAAAGUAUUUGUAAAUAAGUUUCCUUGAAAAACAAUGCUUUAGCAUACAUUACAUCGAAUUCAUCAAUUAUUUUCAAGAACUAAGUCUUGUCAGGAGCAAUGAUUUGUGCUGAGGUCCAAACACUGUUUCACUUUCGGUUUGUCCGCGUGACUGCAUAGGAGAGUUGAUUAAAAAUCAACUCCCAAAAAUGGCUUGACUUCAUAUGUAUUAAACUUGAUCAUUAUAAAAUACUUCUUUUGUAGCGUGACAAUAUCUUUUAAUAUGAUAAAUAUAAUGAAUUUUUAAAUAGCAUGUACUUGAUUGUCUGACAGUCUUGUUGAAUUUUCUAUGGUUGAUCUAUGAAAUUGUUGGUUGUAUUGUUUUGUACCAAUUAUUUACAUAAUACAUGUAUCUAAUAAAAGUUAGACAAAUUG